AGUCCAUUAGUCACCAUCUCAAGAAGAAGUUCGAUUGCAGAAUUUUCUCAUCUUUUGUGUUCUUUUCGUGACAUCAACAAGGGUGACGUUUUCAUUAAAAAACAAGGCUGACGUUUGGCGGAUGAGAUCAUAAUAUGAGACACGCAUAGAUACUUGAUACCAGACAACCAGCCAGUUUGCUGCACCAUUAAUGGAGUCGGCGCGGAUGGAUCCCCCCUCCCUGAGUCUCGACCUCGGUGUUGGACCUCUCCGGUUGCCCGAACAUACUCCGAUUGGACAGAGGAAGCUUCAAACCAAUCCCAUGCACGUCGAAAGGAGUGCUUCAUUCAAAGAUGAGGCCGAAGAUUUGGAGGCUAAGUUGAAUCGGAUGAGCGAGGAGAACAAGAAGUUGAAUGAGAUGCUUGGUAGCAUGUAUGCCGACUACAGCACCCUCCGGAGCCAGCUUUUUGAUCUCAUGAGCACUUCUCCUAAAGAGAAAGGGUUGGUUUCGCCAUCGAGAAAGAGGAAGAGCGAAAGCCUUGAGACGAUCAGUUUCGAUGACAUGACUUACGAGAGGACUGAUGGCAUUAGCAAUCGUGUUGAGAGUACAUCGAGAGAAGAUCCAUGCAAGAGAUUUAGGGAAGAUCCUAAGCCCAAGAUCUCAAAGGCUUAUGUGAAGACAGACCCGUCUGAUACGACCCUGGUGGUGAAAGAUGGGUAUCAAUGGAGGAAGUAUGGUCAGAAAGUUACCAGAGACAAUCCUUCUCCUAGAGCUUACUUUAGAUGCUCCUUUGCCCCUUCAUGUCCUGUUAAGAAGAAGGUUCAAAGGAGUGCUGAAGAUACAUCGAUCAUAGUAGCGACAUAUGAAGGCGAGCACAACCAUGUUCACCCUUCACAGACUGAACUAGCCCAUGGUUCUUGCCACAAUGGAUCACUGCCAUGCUCUGUCUCUAUCAACUCUUCAGGUCCGACCAUCACCCUUGACCUCACACAGCAAGGGUUGUCACCAGGAGGGAGUGCUUCCAGGGAAAUUGAGUCGCCAGAAUUCCAAAGGCUUUUGGUCGAGCAGAUGGCCUCAUCACUGACAAGAGAUCCAAAUUUUACAGCUGCGCUUGCGACCGCAAUCUUUGGAAGAAUUCUUCAGCAUCCACCUGCUUAAACUCAGUGUCUACCCUUGAACUCUGUAAUUGAUGUUCUUCAUUAAAAAAAGAAAAGAGAAAAAAAAAAAAAGGAAAGAAGAAGAAGAAGAAGAACUCUGUAUUCGUUCCCAUGGGCGUGGACAAGACCUUGUUAUAAUCAAUGCUUACACAUAUUUGGAUGAGGGGUUCUCAUUCAGAAUCACCCAUCAAAAUGGUUUGCGAGUUAAUUAAAAUCAAAUAUAAAUGAAGAUUGAGAGGGUCAUAGAAGCAUGUUUUGUCAUAAAGAAUCGGCAACAUCAGAUUAAAGGAAAAAAUAGAUGUUGAUAUGCCUAGCAUUCUGAUCCCGGAUUUGAUCUUGAAGGUCCAUUUACCACUGUAUUCUUCAUUUUUUUAAUUAAAGAAUGCUUAACAUUUUGUUUUGA